UGGGUGCCCUAACAACUUGAGGCUAGAUGCUUCUGCGGCAGAUGAAGGUAGAGCUCCUGCCUGUGCCCCAAACUGCUUCUCUCUUCCUUUGAUUUAUGCAUGACUCUUGCAUUUGCAGUGCCACUGAUCACUUGGAAGAAUAAAGGAGGUGCUUAGCUUGAAGAUGGCAACCACCACUGACCUGAAGGAAGUCAGUGGUACCCAAAACUCUGGGGACACUUUGCUGCCAGAUUUCCCUAAGGGACCACUUUGUGUGUACCGCAAGAAGGCUUCCUUCAACUGGAAGGAGAUGGCAGUGUUUUUAGAGGGAAAAGAACUCCUCCAAUAUAAGAAUGGAAUCUUCUGUACUUUGGAAAAUGAUCCACUCUUCUCUCGUCACCAUGGAGAAGAUAUAACCCAAGAGAAACUUCGUGAGCUGACAUUCCUGCGUUGCAAGAAGCUCUUUGAAUAUGAGUUUGUAAAUAUGGAAGAUCUCAUAGUGAAUCCAUUAAAACUUAUGAUACUGUUACAGUGCCUUGGGAUGUAUGAUUGGUCUGUCGGUCUCAAAUACCUCUUAAAUCACCAAAAUUUCAAGAAUAUGAUUGAAAGUGCUGGAUCUGAGAGGCAUAAGGAAUUGGUGAGACAAGUCGAUAAUAUGGAGAUUUUUGGAUGUUUUGCUCUGACUGAACUUAGCCAUGGAACCAAUACAAAGGCUAUCAGGACAACUGCCCGAUAUGACCCCAGUACUCAGGAAUUUGUCAUCAACACUCCAGAUUUUGAAGCUGCCAAGUUUUGGAUUGGUAACAUGGGAAAAAAUGCUACUCAUGCGGUUGUGUAUGCCCAACUCUAUACUCCUGAUGGAAAAUGCCAUGGAUUGCAUACUUUUGUUGUACAGAUUCGAGAUACAAAAACAUUGCUGCCAAUGCCUGGAGUGAUGGUAGGUGACAUAGGAAAGAAACUUGGACAGAAUGGUUUGGAUAAUGGAUUUGCCAUGUUUCACAAUGUCAGGAUACCUAAAGAAAACUUACUGAACAGUACUGGAGAUGUCACAGUGGAGGGAGUAUACACAAGCUCAUUUAAGGAUCUCAAACAUCGUCUUGGUGCCUCUCUUGGGUCUUUAUCCGUUGGCAGAAUUUCUAUAGUACAAAUGUCUGUUGCUAAUUUAAAGCUCGCUUUAUCGAUAGCUAUUCGUUUCUCUGCAACACGCCGCCAAUUUGGGCCGACAGAUGAUGAAGAAAUACCAGUCCUUGAAUACCAAAUGCAGCAAUGGCGCCUUCUUCCCUAUCUGGCAGCUACGUAUGCCUUAGACCAUUUUGUUAAGACUUUGUUCAUGAACUUUGUAGAAUUUAAAAUCGGCGUUGUGAUGAAGGAAAAGAGCCUAAGACAGGCUGAACUCGGACGUGAACUUCAUGCUUUGGCUGCUGCUGGCAAACCACUGGCCUCCUGGACUGCACAGCAGGCGGCCCAGGAAUGUCGAGAAGCUUGUGGAGGACAUGGCUACCUAUCCAUAAAUCGUCUAGGUGAUAUCCGCAAUGAGAAUGAUCCAAACUGCACAUACGAAGGAGACAAUAAUGUCCUGCUGCAGCAAACUAGCAACUACUUGUUGAAUUGGGUGACUGUGAAACACCAAGAUAAAGCGCCUAUUGAAUCCCCUUUUGGAACAGUAAACUUUUUGGAAGAUUACCAUUAUAUUCUGAGCCAAAAAUUUACAGCCUCUAGUGCUGAAGAUUGCAUGAACUCUUCAGUUCCUUUAGCAGCCUACAAAUGGCUGGUGUGUUACCUACUCCAAGAAAGUGACCUAAAGGUGAACCAGAAAAAACAGUCUGGAUGUAGUGAUUUUGAGGCAAGAAACAACAGCCAGGUAUACUACUGUCGUUCAUUAGCUAUAGCUUUUAUUGAGCAUACAGUCUUACAAAGAUACCAUGAUUACACUCAUGAUCCCACCACACCAUCUACCCUCCAGCCUGUCCUAAAGCAACUCAGUGCUCUCUAUGGACUAUGGUCUUUAAGUAAACAUAUGGCUGUGCUCUAUCAAGGUGGAUAUAUUUCAGGUGAACAACCUAGUAAGUUCAUCCAAAAUGCUAUUCUGGAACUUUGUUCCAAGUUGAAAGAUGAUGCUGUUGCCUUGGUUGAUGUCAUUGCUCCUCCUGACUUCAUUCUGAACUCACCCAUUGGCAGAUCUGAUGGAGAGCUAUAUAAAAAUCUCUGGAGUGCAGUCUUGCAAGGCAGCGAAGUCCUGCAGAGACCAUCAUGGUGGGCAGAAUUUUGUACCAAUAAGCCCAUUGUAGGCAGGCUGAGAUCAAGACUAUAAUUCAAAUAAGCUGUUAAAAUGGCCUAAGAAGGGAUAACCUAAAUGAAACAUUUUGAAAGGUUGCAAAUGAGGGUUUUUGUAUUAAGAUGUCAAGAACUGGAAUAACUUUGAAAUCAAAUCCAGCUUGGUUUCAAGGACUGUUGAAAUCAUAAUGGCAGGAUUAUUUCAGCACUUCCGCAUAGUUUUGCUAUUAAUCAGUCAAAAAGCUCCAUUCAUAUUACUUGCUUAUCACAACUUUAAAAUAUAUGUUCAAUAAGUGCAGAUUAAUUAUUACUUCUGUCAUCAUUA